UUGGAUGUGGACCAGAUCAGAGUGAACCUUUGCAAAGAGGGGGGACAAGAGCAUGUGUGCUCUUUCGUCCCCUAGCUUUUGCACCCCGUAUCUGUCUACUCUGUGAUUUUCUGCAUUCCGCCAACAGGCUAAAUUCGUGCUUUGAAAGGGGAGCCCAGAACUUGGCUGGAUGCUGCUUUAGGUCUGACCUGUUGUUAGCACUCUUGGUCACUCCCCACCUUCCCCAGCUGUCUCCCGCCCCAGCUCAGGUCACUGCAGGGCUUAUAAACUCAUACCUUCUCCAUCCAUCUCGGAAUCCCGCCCAGUGCAGGCAGGAACUGUCCAGACAGCCUCUAUGGUCACCUGGGAGUUUAGUGCUAGCAUAGGAGGAUUCAGAAGAACCAUCCUUUAAAGAAGGGGAAGGUAGGCUGAAGGCAGAUAGAUGGGUCUAAGAAGGGCUGUUUUGGGAAACAUGCUCCCAGCUUUUCCUUCUUCCCCGUGGCAGACCUAGAAGACUGGGGUGAGGUUGUGUCUUGAGUGCUAACUGCACCCCAUGCUUCAUCAGUAGGGCCUGUGGAGGCCAUACCUAGACAGGCCAGGCAGGCUUUGUCAGCGGCCGGAGCUUUAGGACCUUGGGCAGAUGGCUUUCUCUUAGCUUCGGUACCUCACCUGCAAGGGAGUGUUAGCCUGAGCAGUGGGAAGGACCCGAGGGCCAUCUGGGCCAAUGGGUAAGGAAGCAGACAAGUGGCUAAAUCAAGACCAGAAACCAGCUCUGCAGACAACCACCCGCUUCCUUCACGAGGGAGUGAACUCAGGUGUGUCUUCCUCCCGGUACCUCAGAGCCAGCCUCCAUUGUGGAGUGCUUGCCGUGUGCUAGCACUCUGCUGAGUGGCGCUUACAGCCUCACUCAGCCCUUACAGUAACCAGGGAAGCAGGUCACUGCUCAGAGAGGGUCGUUCAUUUGCCCAAGGCUACACAGCUUCUAAGAGAUAGAGACUGUGCUCUCAACCACACCAGAUUUCCUUGCUGAGCCCAGUGGAGAACAGACACCCUAAAUUGAGCCACUUGUCACUGUGGGAGCUACAAGCCCCGCCAUGAAAGCUGGAGGCUGUUCUGUCUCUUCACCCUGCAGUGUGUUUUGUAUUUAGGCCAAGUCCUCUACGUGUCCUUUAUUUCCCACACAUUAUGGUUAUAGUAAAAUGGGUCUCAAAAAUCUCUCCCCGAUUAAGAGAGUGAGAGUUGAGGGUUGUCGAAUAGCCAAAGACAGGCCAGGAGCAGAGACCUGAGCAAAGGUGGGUUGGUUUCUAGAGAGUUGGUUCAAGUGUCAAUUUCCAGUCUCUUCAUGCCUCUGUGGCAGCCUUAGACAACCUCUUAAAAAAGAAAAAGGGGGGAAAAAAAGGAAAAGGAAAAAGUAGAUGCCCAUGUUCCAAGGAAGUAUUUUGUUUCAUGACCUCAGCAUCUUAGCCCCCAGGAGCGGCUAGUGGAGAACUCGAGCUCUCAAGAGUUCCCGAUCAGAUGGCAUGGGUUCAGAUCUCCUCACAUGUAGCAACUGUGCCACCUGAGCAAGCUGAUUGGUGUCUUAGGACUAAACUAUGAAAUAGAGAAAAGUAGGGCCAGCGAGAUGGCUCCAUGGAUUGGUGGCUCACAUGUACCCAACCUGAGUUUAGUCCCCAGAGCCCACAUAGUCGGAAGCACCCACUCUGUCAGGUUGUCCUCUGAUCUCCUCGUGCACGUGUGUGCACACAGAGAAAAUGAAAUGUUUUUAAACUAGGGAACAUGUUGACACUCUUGCUGUCCCUUCAGCCCCCAACAGUGUGUGCUGCUGGCUGUUGCUGUUGCUGCUCCCUGGAGCACAGAACACAUAGUAACCGUUUAUGGAUUCAGUGACUGAGUUGUUCAGGUGAAGAUGCUAAGCUUGGGGUGGGGCAUCACGGCGAGCGUAUCACAGAUGGGCUAUAGUUACACCAAGAUACUGAUCUGUUCAACCCCUGAGGCUGCCAAAGCCCCAGCUUGUCACCUCUAGCUUCAAGUCACAUGUGUUAUGUGACAUAAAAACAUCCUCUGGGUACAUCUCUGUGAAACAGUAUCUUCUGGGAGGGUGGAUGAGUCAGGUGGGCAGUCUGGGCGAAUCGUAGGACCAUCAAGAUGGCCAUGUGGGUUAAGUCACUUGCAGCUAAGACUGAUGACCUGAGUUUGAUACCAGGAACCCCCAAGAUGGAAGGCGGGAACCAACUCCUAAAAGUUUCCCCCAAAAAUUGUAAGAAUAAAUCACUCUUUAUGAAAAAAGAGAAUCCUAACUAAAGCAGAGGCUGAGGGCUCUUGACAGGUCACAGUAUGGGGGUCUACAGUGGACCAUGCUCCAUGCUGCUAGGACAUAGUGAGUCACUCCUGUGCGCAUCCCUUAGCAUGAGGGACUGAGCAACCACCCCGAGCCAGAAGAGCCCUGUGUGGAACACAGGUUAUGGUGACAGUAAGUGGUGAAGGAGGGGAGCCCAGGGCUGUGGGCGCCAGGGAGAGGAGGGACCCCGGCUUCUCUCUCAGUAAGCCCUUGGGCUUUAAUCAGUGAAGCUGUUUAUUUAAGUUUGUGCUUUUUUUCUUGUUGUUUUGCUUUAUUUUGUUUGUUUGUUUGUUUUAAUGUCAUUCUCACAGCCUAUUAGAAAACAAGCCAGAAGCGAUCAGGACCAUCUGAGCACAUGGGUGCUCUGACCAUUGAGAACUGGUACUGCCCUGAGAUAGGUCAGCGACUGUUAGGAGGACAGUUCUCAGGUUUGACCCGCCAUGGGAUGGAUGCAGUUGCCAUCCUUGGGAUGGGGACGCUGUGAAUUCUGUUGGAGACUUGCUUAUUCCUUGAGGACGGUCAACAGUGCCAGUGGACGGAUGGGUCUGAGCACAGGGCAGACGCUGAACAAGCCCAGAGAACCAGGCAGGGAGGCUGCCUGCUUACAGCCUUUAAAGGGAGCAAAUCUCAAAGGGUUCAGGUCUGUGGAUUUUGGCUUCACAUGCAGCUUGACCGGCGUUCUUCUACGUUCACCAUCUAGAGCUUUGUGUGUCCUUUUUGUACACUUCCCAGAGGAACCCACUUAGUUCUCUGGAAACAUGGCUGUGUGUUCUUGGCUGGCCUCAGUCAUUGCAGCAGGAAGACGCUGUGAAGCUUUUUUAUGUGACAUUGUCCAUUUUCUCAGAUUGGUGACCCAGAAGGAAAUCUCUGACCUCUUUGGUGGCUGGAAGCCAACUUCAUGUCUGAAGGCACAAGUGGCAGUUUGUCAUGGAAAGCUUGGGGCUGCAGACGGUGACCCUCAGUGAUGGGACGACAGCCUACGUCCAGCAAGCUGUCAAAGGAGAGAAGCUGCUUGAAGGGCAAGUGAUCCAGCUGGAGGAUGGGACCACCGCAUACAUCCACCAGGUGACGAUACAGAAAGAAUCUUUCUCCUUUGAGGAUGGCCAGCCUGUGCAGCUGGAGGAUGGCAGCAUGGCCUACAUACACCGCACACCCAAAGAGGGCUAUGACCCCAGCGCCCUGGAAGCUGUCCAGCUGGAAGACGGCACCACCGCCUACAUUCAUCACCCUGUGUCUGAGCCAUCGGACAGCACCAUCCUGGCUGUGCAAACAGAGGUGGGCUUGGAGGACCUGGCAGCAGAGGACGAAGAGGGCUUCAGCGCAGACACAGUGGUGGCCCUGGAGCAAUAUGCAAACAAGGUUCUGCAUGGUAGCUCGGCUCCCCAUAAUGGCAAAGGGCAGCAGAUUGGAGACAGAGCUUUCCGCUGCGGCUACAAGGGCUGUGGCCGUCUCUACACCACUGCCCAUCACUUAAAGGUACAUGAACGAGCUCACACGGGCGACCGUCCAUACAGGUGUGACUUCCCCAGCUGUGGAAAGGCCUUUGCCACAGGCUAUGGGCUAAAAAGUCACGUCCGUACUCAUACGGGUGAGAAACCAUACAAGUGCCCAGAGGAGCUGUGCAGCAAAGCCUUCAAGACCUCAGGAGACCUGCAGAAGCACGUCCGGACCCACACAGGUGAACGCCCAUUCCGGUGUCCUUUUGAGGGCUGUGGCCGUUCCUUUACCACAUCGAACAUCCGGAAGGUACAUGUGCGUACCCACACGGGCGAGCGGCCCUACACCUGCCCCGAGCCCCACUGUGGUCGUGGCUUCACCAGUGCCACCAACUACAAGAAUCACGUGCGCAUCCAUACAGGGGAGAAGCCAUACGUUUGCACGGUGCCAGGCUGCGGAAAACGUUUCACUGAGUACUCGAGCCUGUACAAGCACCACGUGGUGCACACACACUGCAAGCCCUAUACGUGCAGCAGCUGCGGCAAGACCUACCGGCAGACCUCCACCCUGGCCAUGCACAAGCGCAGCGCGCAUGGGGAGCUGGAGGCCACCGAGGAGAGUGAGCAGGCCCUGUAUGAGCAGCAGCAGCAGCUGGAGGCUGCCUCUGCUGCUGAGGAAAGCCCACCAACCAAACGAGCCCACAUUGCUUACCUUUCGGAGGUGAAGGAAGAGAGCAAUGACAUCCCAACCCAAGUAGCCAUGGUGACCGAGGAAGAUGGGGCCCCCCAGGUGGCUCUGAUCACUCAGGAUGGUGCCCAGCAGGUCAGCCUGUCCCCGGAAGACCUGCAGGCCCUGGGAAGUGCCAUCAGUGUGGUGACUCAGCAUGGCAGCACCACCCUCACCAUCCCCAGUCACCACGAUGAACUGGCCACAGCUGGCACACAUACGGUCACCAUGGUCAGCGCCGAUGGCACCCAGACUCAGCCCGUAUGACCAGGUCACAAUCAUUACCUCUGGGGCCCUGGUAACUGAGGACUCAAGUGUGGCAUCUCUUCAUCAUCAACAGGUGGCGCUGUUAGCCACAGCUAACGGAACACACA